AGAAACUCCACCUCUAGGCUCUAACAGGAGGUGCGUUAAUCGCUGAUCAAGGGGUUGGACGUUCUCGUUAAAAUAAUAAGGCUAAUGCUCUCUCUUUCUGAGAUCCCAAAGUUGAGCGUGGGGCUAAGAGCGUUGACUUCCAUGGGAGACAUAGAGAAGGACAUGAUGGAAGAGAGUUUAUUACAAAAAGGAAGAGAAGAGAAAAGAUCAGAGGCUUCACCUCUAACAUGGGGUGUGCUCAAACAGGAGCUCAAAAGGUUGGGUUUCUUGGCAGGUCCUAUGGUGGCGGUGACCCUAUCACAGUACCUGUUGCAGGUGAUUUCAAUGAUGAUGGUGGGUCAUCUGGGUGAACUUGCUCUCUCUAGCACCGCUAUAGCCAUCUCUCUUUCUGGGGUCACCGGCUUCAGUCUUCUUUUAGGAAUGGCAAGUGCCCUGGAAACCUUAUGUGGGCAAGCUUAUGGAGCUAAGCAAUAUCGAAAACUUGGAGUUCAAACUUACAGUGCUAUAUUUUCUAUGAUAUUAGUCUGUAUUCCUGUGUCUUUGAUAUGGAUCAACAUUGGAAAACUACUAAUCUUGAUAGGCCAAGACCCUCUAAUUUCACAUGAAGCUGGUAAAUUUACAGUUUGGCUUGUUCCUGCACUCUUUGGAUAUGCGACACUUCAACCACUGGUUAGAUACUUUCAGACACAGAGUCUGGUCAUGCCAAUGCUUAUCUGCUCUUGUGUUACUCUUUCUUUUCACAUACCCCUAUGUUGGGCUUUAGUAUUCAAGUCUGGUCUGGGAAACCUUGGAGCAGCAUUAGCUAUUGGCAUUUCAUAUUGGUUAAAUGUGAUUUUGCUCGGAUUAUACAUGAAGUACUCACCUGCCUGUGCCAAAACUCGCAUUCCAAUUUCUAUGGAGCUGUUCCAAGGAAUUGGGGAGUUCUUUCACUUUGCAAUCCCUUCUGCAGUAAUGAUUUGCCUUGAGUGGUGGUCUUUUGAGCUUCUUAUAUUACUUUCUGGACUUCUACCAAAUCCACAGCUUGAAACUUCUGUGCUUUCAGUAUGUCUCACAACCAUCUCGACUCUGUAUGCAAUACCAUAUGGACUUGGUGCUGCGGCAAGUACUAGAGUUUCAAAUGAAUUAGGAGCAGGGAACCCACAAGCUGCUCGUGUUGCUUUCUUUGCUGUGUUGUUUCUUGCAAUCAUAGAGACAAGUAUAGUAAGCACAACCAUUCUUGCCAGCCGACGUGUUCUCGGUUACACUUUCAGCAAUGUGAAGGAAGUUGUAGACUAUGUAACAACCAUGGCUCCUUUAAUUUCUGUGUCAAUUAUACUGGACAGCAUACAAGGGGUACUCUCAGGUGUUGCUAGAGGAUCUGGGUGGCAGCACAUAGGGGCUUAUGUCAACCUGGGGGCAUUCUAUCUUUGUGGAAUUCCAGUUGCUGCAGUUCUUGGUUUCUGGGUACACUUGAGAGGAAGGGGCCUUUGGAUUGGAAUACAAACCGGUUCUUUUGUUCAGACACUUCUGCUCUUUACAGUAACAAGUUGCACUAACUGGGAAAAACAGGCUAGCAAGGCAAGGGAGAGGAUAUUUGCAGGUAGAGACAUCCAAUAGCUAAUGAGAUAAAUCAGCAGAGAAUUUUUGUGAGCUAAAGUUUCAUACCCUUAAAAGUUGCAAGGAGAAACAUUAUUAAUACUAAUGAGCUUACUAUCUUUUUUUCAUCUAUCUUCUUUCUGUUUUUAUUUCUUUAAUUUUUUGGUGGAAGACCCCAAGUCCUAUCGUAUAAUGAAGUACCACAUGAGUGAUAUAUAGGAAUCCAAAUCUGCC